AAUUUACGUCUAACGAGAUAGUAGACAACACAACACAGGUAAAGAACGGCGAAUGAAGCCAUUGCGAAAAAUUUACUUUCACCCACGAAUGUACAACUAAGACGAAACCGUACACGGUGGUUUCAGUCAUCCAAAAUACGUCCAACACGACAUUGCAGUCGUAGGCAGGUAGAAGAUCAGUUCACAUCGUUGGUCGCACUGUGGUUGGGCCAAAUUUCGGGAGGCAUGUCAUCCGCUUUGAAUAGCGCCAAUAGUCUGCGGACAGAAGCGAUCCUAUCAAUAUGGCUCAUUUUACCUGCAAUUGCCGUAUUUUAUUACUGGAAAUGGAGCCAAUCCAGAACCGUCAAACUCAUGAACGCCAUACCUGGACGAAAGCCGUUGCCACUAUUAGGCAAUCUUCUACACUUGGAUGUCUAUAAUGAAGAAUUCUAUAAAGUUAUGGCAAUAGACUGGGUGAAAAAGUACGGACCGAUCUACAGUGUAUGGCUCGGUCCACGCCCUUUUGUGACUCUAGCUUCCCCGGAGCUAGUACAUACAAUAUUAUCCAGUUCUAAAAACAACACAAAGGCAAGCGACUAUCUAAAUUUAAGUGAAUGGCUCGGCAAUUCCAUUUUAGUGUCAUCAGGUGAUCACUGGAAAACUCGACGCCGAAUAUUAACUCCAGGUUUCCAUUUUCAGAACUACAACAGUUUUAUGGACAUUUUCAACGAAAAGAGUUCGAUCUGCGCGGCAGAAUUUGAACUAAGCAUAGAGACGCAAGGCGAUACGGGGAUAGACGUUAGUCGUCUUCUGGCCAGAUGCACUUUAAAUAUUAUUUGCGAAACUGUAAUGGGCCAACAAACGAAAGUUGAAAUGGAGAAAGAGAUUUAUCUCAGCAACGUCCAUAGAUUUUGUCAGAUUUUCAUUGAGCGUGUCAAGCGACCGUGGCUUUCAUACAAGUGGAUCUACAAGAUGAGCCCACUGAGCCGUGAAAGUGAACGAUGCAUCAAUACCCUGCACACUUUCACCGAUAAGAUUGCACAAAACCGACGUGAAAUGCUUGAACUGUGUACAAAGAAAAAUCCAGAUCUGUUACAAAGCAGUGUGAUUGAAGAAGAGAAGCCCCUGUCAGAAAGCAGAUUUGCGAUAGUAGACAGUCUGAUACAGGCGUCAAAUGAGGGCUCCGAUUUGGAUGAUAACGGAAUCAGAGAAGAAAUCGAUACCAUCACAUUUGGUGGAUAUGACACAUCUUCGACAGCCAUGAUCUGGUUUCUUUUCCUGAUGGCUAAACAUCCGGAGCAACAGAAACUGGUAGUGGAUGAAUUAGAUUCAGUCUUUGGUGGUGAUCAGGAUCGUCCUUGUACUACCCAGGAUAUUUCUGAACUCAAAUAUUUGGAAUGUUGCAUCAAAGAGACUCUGAGACUCUAUCCGAGUGUGCCGGGUCUCGUGCGCAGUCUAACGGAAGACGUUGAAAUAGGUGGAUAUACAAUACCAGCAGGUGUUACAGUUAUUACAUCAUUUUAUGCGAUCCAUCACAAUCCUCUCGUUUAUCCGGAUCCCGAAGCAUUCAAUCCGGAACGAUUUUUCCCAGAGAACAGCAUCGGUCGUCAUCCGUAUGCCUUUCUUCCGUUCAGCGCUGGCCCACGUAAUUGUAUAGGUCAAAAAUAUGCAAUGAUGGAAUUGAAAGUUGUUUUCGCUAAUCUUUUACGUCGGUUGCAGUUUACCGCCUCUGAUCCAGCUAUGUCAGACGCGUCCGAGGUAGGAUUGGUCUUGAAACCAAAACAUAGUGUUCGGCUGAUUAUUUCUAAACGUUUAAAUAAAUCAUAACCGUUUUUUAUUUCAAUUAAAUCGAAAUUCAAAUUUUAUUAUUCUAUACAUCUCGUUAAAAAUUCAAGCUAUGUAAUCGUAACAACUUAACGCUAAUACAAAUGAAAUGAAUGGCCAAGAGCAAAUAAA